AUGUACACGCGGUGGGAGAAGGGGAAAGGACGAGAAGAGGACUCCGAUUCGCUUUUCGAAUCAUCAUCCGAAGAAUCUAGUGUAGGAUCAGACAGCACGGAGGCUUGGUCGCCAAUUUACAGCCCACUCCCAGACGGCGACUACAUCAGGCUGCUUAUUCUACAACCCGGAGACUACGACGACGAUAUCGAAUGUGAGCUGAAAGUGCAAACUCACAGACGUUCGAAGAACAAGUACGCAGCGAUAUCGUAUGUUUGGGGGGAUCCUACCGACACGAUCGAUAUCGAAUGCAACCAUCACCCUGUCCCCAUUACCAGGAAUCUUGCAGACGCGCUGCGGCAGUUUCGUCAUCCUCGAACUAUCAGGAAACUAUGGGCCGACGCGCUUUGUAUCAACCAACGGGACGUCACAGAGAAAAGCAUCCAGGUCGGACGGAUGGGGAGAGUUUUUCAAAACGCCGUGAAAGUGUUGGUCUGGCUGGGAGCUGACCGGGAGGACAUUGCCAAAGACUGUUUCCAGAUGAUCAAGGACACAAACGACUACCUUGAUGAGCAGUUCAUACAGUCUGGCCGUUACUACGCGUCUAUGCCGAGAUUGAGAGCACCGUACCCCAUACCAGUAGACAAGAAGAGUUGGCUGAGGGUGGGUGCACUGCUGAGUCUGUCCUGGUUCGACCGUGUGUGGACUGUACAGGAGUGUGCGCUAGCAAAAGAGUGCCACAUGUUCUGGGGGGCCCACCGUAUCGACAUUGCCGAUGUUUUUGAAAUCUCACUGUGGUGUCGCGAGAAUGUCGAUCUGCACAUGCUCCUGGAGAUGCACGGUCUGGGGUACUGUGGCAACCUAAGGACACCGUUCGAGAAAAUACAUUGCUUGUAUGGGCGUGGUCACGGAUGGCAAAGCUCGAAACCAGUUUUGUCCUACGAGACGGAACUACGCUUCAAUUCGACAUUCAUAGCUGUAUUGAACACGGGGAAAAGCUUCCAAGCGGCGGACCCCCGCGACCACGUCUUUGCCUUCCUCGAUUGCCCGCCCGCAAAGGACGAGCAAGGGCGUUCGAUCAUACAAGCAGACUACUCCAUGUCUCUGGAGCAAGUCUGGCAUAAUGUCGCGCGUACAUUGGUAAAACACCCCGGAGAAGGGCCGUGGAUGCUCAGCGCUGUACAACAUGGGGAUAGGGAUGUCAUCGUUGAUUCUAGCCGGCCCUCAUGGAUCCCGUAUUGGAACAUGUACCAUAAUCGACCCAUGCUGGCAGACCCAGUCUUUACAUACGAGGCAGGCGGCCCAGUAAACACCUUCCUCGCGACCCCUCGAAGAGGACACACCCUUGAGAUAGCUGGCUUCCUCUUUGACGAGAUUGUGUGGAGGUCAGAUCGUUUCGAGCUGGGCGAGUUCACAUUGCACCAGUUUCAAGAGCAAGAGAAAUAUCUAGUCCAGGAGCCAUUCGUCGACAAGCUCUGGAGAGAAGCGAAGCUAGCCGCUGAGAAGUUGGGUCUCACACUGGACGAAGAAGCUUUUAUGAUGACUUUGGCAAUGGAAGAGGCGGACAUAACUGGUUGGUUUGGAGACUACCGGGGUUUAUUCCAGGCUUAUUGUGAAGUGGUGCGCGCAGAGUACAGAGGGUUGAAUGCAUUGGAUAGCCAGUCUCCUGUUGACGAAGCGAUGCUCUCAAAAGCGGUUCGGUGUAUGGAUUACCUGAAUGCAUCCACCAGGGACAACUGCCUCUUCUUAAUGCGCAAUGGAAGAGUCGGACUUGCAUCAGGGGCGGUCACAGAGGUCGGCGACCUGUGUUGCGUUUUCUCUGGAGUCAGCGUGCCUUUCCUUUUGACACCAGCUGCUAAUCGUUGGCACAAACUUGUGUCCGAGUGCUUCGUCUACGGAGCCAUGAGCGGCCAGUUGCUGCUUGAGUACGAAGCCGGUCCCAUUUUCCUUGAAUGA